ACGCCCUAUCUCACACCCAGUACGAACAGCAACGAGAACAACAACGAGAACAACAACAAGGGAACAACAGGAAGGACACAGCAGGACGAAGAACCAUGUCUGAUUCUGGGUCGGCGAAAACUGUGUCUGUCGCCGUAGGGGCAGGGCUUGCGACUGCCGGCCUUGUGGUUGGACUCGCAGGGCCGAAGGUGGUGGAGAAAAUCCUCCUCAAAUUGAAGCCCGGUGGCAAGUUCAGCGGGAUGAACAAGCCAACGGCAGGGGCUAGGACGGUCAAGGAGCUGGAAGUCGGCACCCACCCCCUACAGCUGUACUCGAUGGCCACGCCGAACGGGCAGAAGGUCACCAUCGCGCUGGAAGAGAUGGGGCUCAAGUACGACGCUUGGUACACAAACAUCAUGUCGGGGGACCAGUUCACGUCUGGCUUCGUCAAGGUCAACCCCAACUCCAAGAUCCCGGCCCUGGUGGACAACGACGCACCGGGCGGCAAGCCCCUUCACCUCUUCGAGACCGGUAACAUUCUCUUGUACCUCGCCGAGCGAAGCGGCAAGUUCCUCCCGACAGACCCGGCGGCGAAGGCGGAGUGUCUCAACUGGCUCUUCUUCAACGUCGGCGAGGCUCCGUACUUUGGACAGUUCGGCCACUUCACGAGAUAUGCGCCUGUCAAGCUCGACUACGCCGUCAACAGGUACUCGACUGAGGUGCAGCGCGCGCUUGACGUGCUGGACAAGCAGCUCGAGGGGAAGAGUUUCUUGUGCGGCGAGGAGUACUCCAUCGCGGACAUGGCAUGGCUUCCGUGGGUCCGGUGCUUGGAAAUUUUCUACGAGGCUUACGACACGCUUGAGAUGUCCACCUACUCGAACGUGGCGGCGUGGCGCGAGAGGGUGGAGGCGCGACCGGCAACAGCCAAGGGGUUGAUAAUCAACUCCGGUGCACAGAACGGGGCCUUCAAGGAGUACCACUCCGCCUAACAACUGAUUUGCCGUUCGCUGCGGUGCGGGUUGUUUUUGAGGAGCGUGUUGGCGCUCUGAACGCGGUCGAUUUUGUUGUGGUGGGCUGGGGAUUGUUUUUGUGUUUCUUUUGUUCUGUUUUCUCUGAGCUAUCUAUGCGUAAGUGUUACCGGAGACCGCAGGGAAUGCGCUCGUUCGCCGAGCCCGCAAGGUGGACGUUCAAGCGGCUGGGGUCUUAUUUUGGUUAAUGUCGAAGCGCAGCCUUGAGCUGUCUGCCGCUGCCGCGGAAAGACAGUGCUCUCGCGCACGCGAACGAUCAAACAAGAGCUUGGAGGUAUAUCUGUCCAUUUUUUUUGUAGCAGUAGCCUUCACAGGGAUUUGCGAAUUUUGCGAACUUGUUGGAUAAAGCAUAAAAUCGGGGAAGUUGGGUUAGGGUUAGGGGUAGGGAAUACUCUAGGGUCUGCGUCCCCCCUCCCUGUUCUAUUUCCUCGUUAACUUAUUGAUCGCGCGAAGGCGCUCCUCUUGUAGUCAGUCGUGUGUGGUCUUGGUUUCGUUUUUUUUUUUUUUUUGUCAGAGGGAUUGAUUCUCCAUCUUGCGAUGGCCACACGGUCAGGGAGUAGUUGUACCGCCUCGGGUUUCUCGAUAUACGUUCGUCGUCU